AAUACUAACCAGGCCGGGCGAAACAAGGAGCUGACCUCAUUGCUGCGAAGCCCCUUUUCCCCUUGGGUCGUAUUUUCUGCAAAAGCGGAUACCUUUUGGAUAACCACCAACUCUUACUUCACUUUAGCCACUCUCCUUAAUUGUCUACCGAGCCACUCACUACUACCAAUUUGUCCCGUUUAGCAAAUCUCGACGGGCCUUGACGGAACAACAAGGCCAAUAAAGUUCACACGAGCCAGAUACACCGAUUCUAACGACAAGGUACUCAUUGCCGAAAACCACCUUCACCAUGGCUAGGCCCGUAAGGGUGUUGGCGACUGUCGCCAUCUUCAUGUGGUGUGUCUUUCUGUACAUGAUCUUUAGACCAUCAUCGCCGUUAUUAGUCGCCGAUGAAUUCUCAAACUUCCAGAGGGAUCCGAUGCACGAUCCAACGGGCGAGCCCGAGGGCAUCCUAAGGCGCGUAUCACCCGAGUAUGCACCAGAUGCCAACCCCACCGAGCGCAUUAACGCGACGCUCCUGGCUCUGGUGAGGAACGAGGAGCUAGAUGGUAUGCUACAAGCCAUGGGCGACUUGGAGCGCACAUGGAACAGCAAAUUCAACUACCCCUGGACAUUCUUCAACGACGUUCCCUUCUCGAAAGAGUUCAAGGAGAAGACUCAAGCCAUGACAAAUGCCAAGUGCAACUACGAAAUUAUCCCCAAGGAACACUGGGAGAUGCCGUCUUGGAUCAACAAGGACAUCUACGAGGAGUCAGUCAAGGUCCUCAAGGAGAACAAUAUCCAAUACGCCGACAAGAUCUCGUAUCAUCAAAUGUGCCGAUGGAACAGUGGUCUCUUCUACAAACACCCCGCCCUCAAGGAUGUACAAUACUACUGGCGGGUGGAGCCCAAGGUUCACUUCUUCUGCGACGUCGACUACGACGUCUUCCGCUUUAUGCAGGACAACAACAAGACUUAUGGCUUCACCAUCAACCUCUAUGAUGCGCCCGAGUCGAUCCCGACCCUGUGGCCCGAGACUGAGAAGUUCUUGGCUGAGCACCCCCAGUACAGGCACCCCAACAACGCGCUUGACUGGCUCGUAGACGCGGAGAAGCGCCCCGAUCAUAACCGCAAGGCCAACGGCUACUCGACAUGCCACUUCUGGAGCAACUUUGAGGUCGGAGACAUGAACUUCUGGCGCAGCAAGACGUACGAAGACUACUUCAACCACCUCGACCGCGCCGGCGGCUUUUUCUACGAGCGCUGGGGUGAUGCCCCCGUACACAGCAUUGCCCUUGGUCUUUUUGAGGAUGCCAGCAAGAUUCAUUGGUUCCGUGACAUCGGAUACCAGCAUAUCCCAUUCUUCAACUGCCCCAACUCGCCCAAGUGCAAGGGCUGCGUCGCUGGACGCUUCACCGACGGUGAGAAGUGGCUUCAUCGUGAGGACUGCAGGCCCAACUGGUUCAAGAUGCACGGCAUGGGCUAAGCGGCUGCUCAAAAAUCUCGAUUUCUGACGACGCCGAUAUUCUACCUUGACGACCUUUUUUUCACUACUUGCUUUUUGCGGGAUAGGAAACUUUGUUUUUAUUACAGUACCGCCUGAUCCAAGAAAACCGAAAUAAAACCAAGAAAAAAAAUAGAAGAUGCGGCAAAGAAGGCGACGGUUCAAAGGAGAUUAUAAUUGUAUAGAUUCUGGGUUGACAUCAGAGGAGGUGUGGGCGAGCCAUGUGGAUAAAAUUGGGAGGCAUAACGUAUUGGAACUGACAGUCAGACUGUCGCAUCUGGCGUUCGGCGCUCGGGGUUGUUUUCUUCAAGGCGGUGGCAGGCUGUCACUCAUAGACACUGUUUAAGGUAGAUUAAUUGUAAAGAAGUGU